GUAGCCAUUUUAGGAGGAAACCCGGUUUGCUGGCUUGGGGCGCGGCUUCAAUUUCAAUAACUUUAUUGGUCUCCUUGUACGCCGAACAGCCGGCGUGCGUGUAGCCACGCGAGCCCGGAGCGCAUCGCCAGAGGUUGCCCCCGACUCGAGCUGCAGCCAUGGGAAACACCACCAGUGAGCGGGUGUCCGGGGAGCGCCACGGUGCCAAGGCUGCUCGAGCUGAGGGUGGCGGCCAUGGCCCCGGCAAGGAGCACAAGAUCAUGGUGGGAAGCACCGACGACCCCAGCGUCUUCAGCCUGCCCGACUCCAAGCUCCCUGGGGACAAAGAGUUUGUACCCUGGCAGCAGGAUUUGGAUGAUUCUGUGAAGCCCACCCAGCAGGCCCGGCCAACCGUUAUCCGCUGGUCUGAAGGGGGCAAGGAGGUCUUCAUCUCUGGGUCUUUCAACAAUUGGAGCACCAAGAUCCCUCUGAUUAAGAGUCAUAAUGACUUUGUUGCCAUCCUCGAUCUUCCGGAGGGAGAGCACCAGUACAAGUUCUUUGUGGAUGGACAGUGGGUUCAUGAUCCAUCAGAGCCUGUGGUUACCAGUCAGCUUGGCACAAUUAAUAAUUUAAUCCAUGUCAAGAAAUCUGAUUUUGAAGUAUUCGAUGCUUUAAAGUUAGAUUCUAUGGAAAGCUCCGAGACAUCAUGUCGAGACCUGUCCAGCUCACCCCCAGGGCCUUAUGGUCAAGAAAUGUAUGUGUUUCGAUCUGAGGAGAGAUUCAAAUCCCCACCCAUCCUGCCCCCUCACCUCCUCCAAGUUAUUCUUAACAAGGACACUAAUAUUUCAUGUGACCCAGCCUUACUUCCUGAGCCCAAUCAUGUUAUGCUGAACCAUCUCUAUGCGCUGUCCAUUAAGGACAGUGUGAUGGUCCUCAGUGCAACCCAUCGCUACAAGAAGAAGUACGUCACCACGCUGCUGUAUAAGCCCAUCUGAAGGAGAUAUCACUCCUUCCUCCAAGGAUUCUGGAGAAGCAUCUCCCUUGCCUUUGAACUGAGCUGGCCUCCUCUGAGGCUGGCAGGCUGUUUGUUUUGAGGCUGAUGUGUGUGUCAGAGCCUCUGGUAGGAGCUCUGCUUUGCCUUUGAUUGCAGACGAGAGCUUUAUGAGUUCAUGGAGUUUAUUUUAAGAAACACAAAACCAUAUAUAUGCAUAUGAGAGGAAGGUUACCAGAAGCCUCCUGGCCCAGCUGUCCACUCUCUCUGUCUGUGGGUAGUUGCCAGGGCCUGACUGGGAAGCCUUGGCUGCAGGAAUGGGUGUACCAGAAGCUUCUUUUUCUAAAGUGAGAGAAUAGCAAACUCUUAGGAUCCUUGUUGGGCAGAGGUCCUGGACCACUGGUGUCCAAGGGUCAGAGUGUGCCAGGCCACUGCCCUACUUAGAGCCGCCUCGUGCGGGCGGCUUUCCUUGCAUGGGUUGAUUCUGUAUCCCACACUGUGUGACACAGUCCACCGUGGUUUAUAUGGCACUAGUUGCUCCACAAGAACCCUCCUCAUUUUAUGUACCCUGUGGAAUGACUUCCCUCAAAUCUCAUACAUGACCCAGAAUGCAAAACUCACUGGGCGAGGAACCCUUUUGAAGAGUUUGUGGGAUGAGCCUCACCUUAGAGCCUGAGGUGCCAGGGUCUCCUUUUUAGCUCAGUGAAGGCCUAACCCAGUGUGCUGCAGUUUACUUUAACAUCUAGAGAAAAGAAAUGCACACCGUGGUGUCUCGGUUGGUCCUGUGUAUUGGCUGUGCGGGCCUGUGUAUUGGCUGUGCGGGCCUGUCUCCGGUUUUCUUUAUCAGAGCACUCAGCUUGUAGGCAGCCUUGCACUUAGGGAAACCUUCCAUAUCUUUCAUCCCUGAAAGUUUUUUUAUGUGCCUACAUUUUUCUUUAAUUAAAAAAAAAAAGCAUAUCCAUCCAUUUUAAUGGGCUAUUAAAGAACCUUGGGCCUUGACAGAUGGUUCUUAAGAUUUUCUUCUCUAGUCUAGGCAGCUCUCCAGCCUUGGGUUAAUGUGGCCAGCCGUGUGCACCUCGCUGUCCAAGCACAGCUCUAGACACAAGUCCGUGCAGGCUCACUGGAUGCUCACGCUGGACUUCCCUACCUUUAAAGACGUGUAAGGCAAGGGACACUGCCCUGGCUAGUUAACCAUGGGGUAGGGUAGGGUACUGCUCUUUACACCAAAUAUUAACCAAGUUUUUUUUUCUUUUGCCUCUUCCUUUUAAAUGUGUCUGAUGAGGGAGUGGGGUCACUGAUAACCACUGAAUGAGAAGUAUUCCAACCUACUCAGGAGUCAAAGAGAAUAUGUUUCCAAGUAUCUCGACACUUCCAUUUGACAGAUAAAUGCAAGUCAAACAUCAAGCACUGUUUGUGGUCGAGAGACUUCGUGUCUCCUGAGACGAGCCAGUCACGUUUGAAAGAGACCUUCCGGUCAGUUCAGCUACCUCCUGACUUUCCCACACGUUGGUGAAACAGCAAUGCCACAGUAGCAGUAGAAGGGAGGGGAAAGCUGUGAGACCUCUGUGAGCACAAGCGUGGAUAGGAAGACGGGGAUGUUUCGCAGGGAAUAGUAGAGAAGUAAAUGAGUCCUGGGAGUAAGUGCUGCCUCAGCCAUCGAGAGCCACCUCAUUUCUGUGGAGAACCCUCGUGGUCCAGUCAGCUUUCUGAAUAGUGUGCCAUUUUGAAAACCAAAGUCUCAUUUUGGUUUUUAAUCAACUUAAGACUCUUCAGUCAUACUGGGAGGUUUUAUUUAUUUAUUUAUUUUCUGUUUUUUCUCAGUGCUGAUUUAGAAAUAGGCCACCUAGGAGGGUUCAAAGUCUUGAUUGUUUCACAGGGGGAUUGUCUAUCUGUACUUCCUGUUAACAGUGGGAGCUGGGGUGGUCUGUGUGUUUGUGUAUUCAGUUUCACUCCACAGUCGCAGCAGUAGAAGGGAGGGGAACGCUGUCUCCCAGGCUGAUAGAGGGAUCGGUGCUGGUAACCUUCAGAUCCUUCUCUGGAAAUGAAGGAGACAGAAGGGCUCAACAGUGCUGUCCCUGCCCUGGCCCCGACCCUGACCCUGGGGAGCUCUGCCCCUGUCACCAGGAAACACUUGUGAAGGGGCAGAGGGGGUUACUGCUUUUGUCUUAGUUACUUUAAGGGACAGUUUGUUUUCUACAGUAAAAAGUUGGGUUCAGAAUUCAGAAAUAAAUGAAGGCAAAACAUUUUUCUUUUCCUGCCUAUGGGAAUUUUGCAGGGUCGCUUGGUAGAGUAAACCAGCCUGUAGUGUAGAGCAAUGGCUCUGAGGAAAGGAAAGCAGUGAAUGGGCCAAAGGGUGAUAGCAAGAAACUGGAGGGUCAGGUAGCUCGGCGCUGGAAAUUUCCUCUUCAAGAGUUCAAGCAGACAGGACCUGGAUCCUUGGAUUUUAUUUAUUGUACAAAAAACUUAGCAGCCCAGAAACUGUUGUCUUUGUCCUGUUGCCCUAUUCUCUAUUUUUCCUCUGCAUUCUGUUUGACUUCCCUUAUCAGUAUGACAGGUUCACCAGGGUCUCAAGGUGGACGUGACCUAGACAGUGAAGAGCUGUCGCGCCAUGGUUAUUAAUGCCCUGUCAACCUAGACCUGAGUAGGAAUUAGCCAAUGUAGGCCACACCCCUGAGGGCACAGCUAGCUUCAAGAGCCCUGGCCUCUUGGGUCUGAAGUAGAAAGGAAGAUUCCCCGUUUCUAAGAGGAGCCGUGUCCCACCCACCCCUGUAGGUUCUGGUUUCUUGCAGACCUGGUGGACCUUACGUAAACCUUUUGAAAAGUGUCACUGUUACAUGCAUGCUGCUAGAGUGAUGUGACGUGAAAGUGGGAAACAGGGCUUUUAAAUGUUUGACCUCAAAACAAUAUGCAAUAGUCCCUGUAUGUGUGGGUGUGUAUGUGCACGUGCACAUGUGUGUAUGUGAUAUUCACUCUGUCCUCAGAGAUACUUUGUCCUCGUAUUCUUGUGACUUGGGGCUUAAGAGCAGAUAAAUACUUUGUUCAUGUGUCAUAACUAAUCCUCAAAGCCACGUUCUUGCUGUCUUCUGUCUGCUGCAGACUCCAGUUACUCAUGAAUAUGAGACCUGGAAGAAGGAAGGGUCUUUCAGGACUCUGGGUCAGGAAUCUGUCUGACCUUAAGUGACAGUCACAACUGGAGAUUGAAGGACUGAUUUCUGCAGUGAACACAAGUGUUUGGAGUAAAAAAGCCAAUUAUUUUUUUCAAUUAUAGGAAAGGGAAAAAAAAAAAUCACAAGUCUCUUGUAGGAUCCACUGCCUCUGGGAUUUUAAAGUGGAUCUGUCUCCGCUCGAUUUCUUCUCACCAUUGCUUUGAAGUAGCAAGCUACAUUCAAAAUAAACAUGUUUGUACUUCCAACAUUAGGUGGACUUGACUUGAAUUAAGUGUGGCACAGAACAUUUGCAGUAAGUUUGAUGUGAAAUACUAAAUAUUAGGGAUUUGUAGGUGUCGGACUACAUAGUCAAGCGACACCUAGAGUAAGUGUUAUGGCAGGGGUUGGCCAUCUUGGAUUCCUCUCUGUAGAGCACCUUCUCCAGCGUUUUAGGACAGCCAGACAUCAGCAUCAGUUUGUCCUAAAUUCUGUGCUGGGUGGCCUAUAUGAGGCGAAUUUGGAUUUGGUGGGUAUUGGUUGUUUACACUGUAGCACUUUGAGUUUGUCAUUUGGCAGGGGUGACUUAAUUUGAAGGCAGUUAAGUAAGUGUGAGUCUCUUACAUGGUGCUGUUUGUGACCUUUGAUGGCGGCGUGCAGAGCUGCUUCACUGAUUCACAACCGGACACAAGUCAAGACUUUAAAGCUUCUCUCCACGCGUGACUCACCACCAGACUCUGCCUGAAAACUGUAUAAUGUAACACACAAAAAUGUGGGUUUGUUUUUCCAUAAAACUUUAAUAAAAGCAUCAUGCAGCAAUAAAA